GUGCCUAGCAUAGGCAUGGGCUGUAAAGCAAGGGAACUGCAGCACUAACCAGGAGGCAACCCUGACACCUCAUGCAGGGCCACUCACCGCCUCAUGUUGAUGCUGGGCACUUCUGAACAAGAACAUGGAAGUUGCACAUAAGCACAAAACUGCAGGAAGGAUUAACUUAUCCUACUGAAAGCUGCACUGCCAAGGUGGCACCAGAGCCUGAAAAUGCCUAUUUCUUUUCCAGCCCCACAGUCUGAUUGCUAAAUAGAGCUAUCGACACAACUAAAUAUUUAAAGCAAAAAAGCAGCCAGUAAACAUGAAGCAGUCUUCCCACCCAAGACAGUUUGUGGUUAAUAGAUGUUCUCAGCAACUCCAAACUGCUAUCAUCACUCCAAGCAGCAGAAACUGUAAAUGACAAAGCAAGUUUAGCUUCCUCUGUAUCAGAGAAUUCCUCACUGGUAACGAAGCUCUAGGAUACACUCUCCUCCCCGUGCCAUACACCAUUUUCUACUGCAGGAUGGGAAGUUUUCCAGCCCUGCUGCUCCUGCUGGUGCUACCAGGUAAGGCUUUGAAUCACCCUGAGGAGCAGGGUGCUCUCAGUGCUGCUGUACACAUUGCAGCUGUUAUUUGCUUGAACAAUUUUUAUUCAGGCCAUCCACGGCCAGGCAAGGAAUAGGAUUGCCAGAUGUCAACAAGAGGAGAUGUUCAGCCUGAAAUGUGUUUAUUUUAUUUACACAAGCUUAGGUUUUCUCAGUCUGAAACCACCUAGCAUAUGGGGAGGGAAAUCUGUGUUUGUUAUUUUCUCAAACAUGAUGGAUGAGGCAUUGUGAGCAGUGUGAGACAGGCUAGCUGCUGUUUGCUCACUUACAGCCUGUGAAUACUGAGUCCACAGAGAGGAACAACGUGAAUAACAAUGGAAAAAGGGUAGUGGCACCAAGGCUGGGUAUGGAUGUUUCUUUAUGCAAACCUGCAGAGACAGAUAACUCUUCUCACAGUCCCAGAGGUGUCAGCAGUGUGGCAAGAAAAGGCGGCACAGGACGUGGUGACUACUUCUGGCAUCAAUUUUCUUCUUCCUUUCAAAGGAUCACACAUGGCAGCAGAGGACACGCAAGUCUUUCUGCAAGUACCAGGAGAGUCCUUCAGAGCUAACUGCUCAUACGACGUGCACAAGCACUCACGUGAGAAGAAAUUCUGGUGCAAGGAACAAUCAGAAAAAUAUUGUCCAGUCUUACCCUUGAGCUUCCCUUCAGAAGAAAGGAUUGCUCCUAGCCCUGUACUGCAUCCUCCAGCUGAGCUGAGAGACUCUGGAGGCGGUUGGUUUUCUGUAAUCAUGACAGCACUUCGAAAAGAGGAUUCUGGCAUGUACCAGUGUGGAGUUUGGGUUGAAAUGAAGCAAGUUUUGCUGCAAAGAAUACAGAUGGUGGUUUCACCUAAGGAACCUGUAACAGUGUUUGCCAAAAAAGGGAAAUCUCUGUUCCUCCACUGCUCCUAUUCUGCACCAAUCAACACUGGAGAACUUCAACAUUUUAUUUGGUGCAAAAUGGUGUCCCAAAUUACUUGUCACCCUAUUAUCAGAGGUAACGCUGAUCAAAGUAUUGUUAAAGCAGAGAGGACUGAAAUGAUGAAUGACUUCUCAUGGAAAAUGAUUAGAAUGUGGCUGAAAAAGCUCCAACUUAAUGACUCAGGAGAGUAUCGUCUUGAGAGCCAUCUCCAGGGGAGAAACAAACUACUGAGGAGGAUUGUGCUGAAAGUUUUGGCCAGUGCAGAAAGCAGCAAAACAGAAAGCACUGAGUGGAAACAAUCUGAUCUUUCUGACCGGACUGAAAAACGCAGGAGGGGAGGGGAAAAGUGGAAUAUGGAUGGCAGCCCCACAGACAACAGCAGAAAGGACCAGAGGACUCCCUACGCUGUCAUGGUGCUGAUUUCCUUGCUGGCUACGGCUGCCCUGAUCGCUACUGUUACACUCAUCACCAGCUGCAUGGGGAAGAAAAGAGCAGGAAAAGAGAUGGACUUUGACAGACAUCCUGCUUUCAGAAGGGGAGUGCUACAGGAAGGAAGAGAAAAAGCAAGUAGAAUAUCAGAUGGGGACCACAGUGAGAGUACGAUAUACGCUGCAAUAAGGCACCAACCUCGACCCAAACCUGAAGAUGUGAUGUAUGUCAACAUACAGCCUUCACCAAAAGUUUCCUUCCUUCAGGAACCACCAGGGAGCUCACAUCCCUCAGGGCCUGUGGAAUAUGCUACCCUUAUCUUCAAGGACACAACUCCACAGUCUGAAAUCGAAGAGAGAAGAACAGGCCCACUGAAAGAAAGCAGCACAAAGCCUUCAGCUUAUUGAUGGAACGCUGCUGAACUGAGCUUAGAAACAACCCGCACGUAACCAAUUGCUGGAGAUGCGUACACACAGCACUGCUGAAAGGAUGAGACACACGGAUGCACAAAUCUUCCCUGAAAAACAACCAAACUUUUCUAAUAGCACAGCAGCACAAUUCAGCUAUCAUGAACAAACACUGUGAAAGGCUGUGGCGCAUUUGCCUUCUGUACAGGGCUCUAUUUUUAAGCAGUGAGCAACUAUAAGCCCGACUUCAGGAAACAGGCGGGCUGUGAUAGCAGCAGAUCCAGUGCCACAGCCAGCAAUGGGCCGCGAGAUAUGGAAGCACAGCACUUCUGUUUGGACUUCCAACUCACUUAAAUAUCUGCAUGUGAAAUGUUAAUUACUGCCCACUGAUUAGGACCAAAACAGCAAAGUGGUAAAAGUACCUGCUGAAUUUCAGCACAGAAGUUGUUUUGCGUACUUCAGGGAGACAAGUAAUGCUCUGUUUCAACAACAACAAGUAAUGCCUGGUUUCACCAAACCAGGGCUUUGCUGAAUAGUAUUUGUCCACUUAAAAUGUCUUCAGUCUGAACAUACAGUUGCAGAAUUCAGACUGUAUGUAUAACUUUGGGUUUCCUUGCCUUCUCUGCUUGUUUAUUAAUGCCACACCCAUGCUACAGUAUAACUCUGUCUUGGCUCUGUUGUAAGUUUCACUCAUUCUGAUCAAACUAUUGAAUCCUGUUAUCGUGGUGAUCAACACCAACACCCCUAGGAAUGAUGGAUAACUCCUAGGAUAAAGCUGACUAAGACUCUCACCUCAGCUCUCUGAGUUGGACCCACAGCUGCUGAACGUGACACAGAAAUGGCUUUUGUUUUUUUAUAUUACAACUGGAAGAAAAGGCACGUGAAGAGGCACAGUCAGCAAUUAAUCAUAUCACCUGCACAGAAACUCCACUUUGCCUGUGGGUUCUUCUCCAUUUCUGAGGAGACGUGGGGAGAGGAGAGGGGAGAGAAGAUGAAACUUCCCUUGCCAAGUCUGAUGUGGCUACAGGACAUCAGGGCCUUUGCUGUUAAAACUGAGAUGACUUUGCCACUCU